AGGCGGUAGAUUAGAAGACAUAAGUAUUUAAAGCAUACAACUUUUGAACAUUUCUGGUGCUAGAAUUCUGUAACAGUUUUAUAUUUUAUAGUGUCAUUGAACAAGGUGUUUUGUAUAGAAUCCAGGUGACUUUAUCAAUAGGAAUAAUUAGCAAAGUGAUGAACUGAUUUUAUAAUAACAUCGAGUUGUUAAAUACUAAUAGGUUAAAAUCUCUGGUUGGAAAAGUUAACACCAACGCGGCGCGGCGCAGGACACUCUUCGAGAGCUACCGCGCAUCAUCAUAGCGUCAUUUUGAAAACGCAGCAGUCAACCCUAGACUCUGUUGCAGUAUGUCCGAUGCAACAAAGCAACCCGGCGUUAGCCACUGGGCUGAAAAUACAACAAACAUCAUAAAUCCUAUGAUCGGGAUUCACAAUGGAAGCUUGGCGAGUUACUCCAGAAUCUACUCACCCUUGAUCAUGUCUAACGAGUGGCCGAAGAUUGGCCGUCUGCUCUUCAUACUUUUUUGUUGUUGCUUUGGAAGCAUUAUGAACGGGUUCUUCAUUUCGUCGUUUUUUGUGGAGCGCACAUUGAAGAGAAUCGGGAACACCUACCUUGCGUGCGCUGGACUUGCAGACAUGUUGAUCACGGCUGGUGUGAUGCCGGUUAGUGCGGUGGUGUUGCUCUCGGGACAAUGGGACAACUUGCUUGUCUGCAGAACUGCACAAAUUGCUGUAGAAACAGCUACCUACGCAUACAGCUGGUUUUUCUUGAUGGUAGGCGUUGAAAAUUUCUUCAGAAUCUGCAGAACAGCGGACUACGUUAUUUUUAUCUAUUUGCGAAUCGGUCUCAUAUCCAUAUUGAUAUUCUGCCUUAGUUUUACUCUCGCGGCUGUUGGUGUUUUAUUAGAUUUAGACUACGACUAUUGCGCACGACGUUCGUUCGGUAACCCUUCCUUCAGGAUCUGCACGUCGGUUCUCUUUUAUGGAGUAUUUACCAUAUCGACUCUAGCCUGCUUAAUAGCUACUAUCAUGAGACUCAAACGUCGUGCACGGGAAGAAGUACAAUACAAACGAUCUCGGCUUUACAAACGUGAAUAUUCAUUUACAGCAUCGAACUUAACGGCCUAUGUAUUGUUUGUCGUUUCAUGGAUCCCUUACUGGGUCAUUGUCAAUGAGUUCCCUAGCACCAGCGAUGCUCAAUACUACAACACUGUCUGGAUAGGCUUGUUUAGAUCAGUUUUUGUUAGUUUUAUAUACGGAAUCACCAACAGAAAUUUCAGACGCGCCUAUGGUCAAUUAUUUAAUUAUUGUUGCUGUAAGAGCACUCUCUCAAGUUCGUUUAUUAGUCGACACAGGAGGCCACUAGAACUACAAUCUACGACAGGCGACACUGGAGUUAAUAUCAUGGAUGCACCCAUUAACAGCAACAGCCCACACCAGGAUGCUUUGAUAUUACAAGAAACGGAACUAUAAAUUCAAAAAAAAAAAUAGUUUCUGUAAUCAUUUAAAAUUAGUGAAUAAGUAGGUUUAAGUAAUACGAAAAAUCCACAAAUCGAUAACUGUAAAUAUACACAAAAAUAUGUACAUAAAAAUGGGGUAUUCUUUUGCUGGCGACUAACAAAUUAGGCGGCAACUAAAAACGGUGAAAAAUAAACUGGCAGUGUUUAACUUUUUUUGCGACAAAUAAAUAGCCAUUUAAACUUCGGCUUCAUAAAAAUGAUAUAAAAACGGCGGAAGCAAAUAUAUUAAAACAGAUGGAAAUAUAAGGUCGGGUCUCAUAAAUAUUGACUUGGCGACUAAUAUAUA